AUGGAGAAAAUCGAGAAAAAUGUAGACAAAAAUUCAAAUAAUAUUACUCCUCCAUCGGUACCCGUGCAAAAUGAAGAUGAUGGCGAAGAAGAACGUUUCAUCUCUUAUAACUCUCAUUAUCCGGAUCUGCGUCAAGCAGCUCUGCCUCCGGUGGAAACGUUCAAUCCACAAAUCCACGUAACGAAAGGGCGCCUCAAACAAAAACAAGGUCAUCGGGGCUACUCGAAGAAGAGACAAAUACUGGUUAAGGAAAAAGACCUCGGCUUCAAACCACUUCGUAAGUCUUAUCUUAAGUGUCUUGAGUCUCCAGACAAACUACAUCUCGACUUUCGCAAAGCUUUCUCCGGAGUUUUAGAAGGGCCUGAACUCCGAAUUGUUCAUCAUUAUGUGCUUUUUGCUCUGACAAACAUGAGCAAACAGGAGAUUGAGAUUGACGAUGAAGCUCAAAGAGUUCUUCAUGAAUAUACAAAGAAGCCAGAAAUGAAUUGGUUUCCGUGGUUCGAGAUUAGAGCAACCUGGAAACAAAGCCGCGAUUUCAUAAAACUUUUCUGGCUUCGUAUGGACUUAGCCAAGGAAACCAAGGAAACCAAGGAAAACAUCACCUGGAAUCCGUGGUUCACCAGUGAGCGUCCCUGUCACGGUUCUCGGGAACUCAAAGAGAAUGCCGAUCGAUACCCGGAUGAGACGGUUGGACUGCUCAAAUUUGCCGGAAUAGCUUUUGAUCAAAAUCUGAUCGACGGCGACCUGCAAGUUCCGGGGAGGGACGACGUUUUGGUGCAACUGGAAAUCAUUGAACCCACAAAGAAGGGCAUUCGCGCCUGGUUGAGCGAUUUUAAUAAAAAUCCAAUCAAAAACUGGUGUCGCAUCAACUCGGUUUCCGGGCGAAAGCUUCAGAUCUCAUUCUACAACUAUAACGCUAAAAAGAGUCUUCUGGAAGAGUUAGCUGAUCCAACACAGCCAAAUCCUUUGAUCGCGAUCAAGUACAGGAGACAAAGUGAAAAUGAAGACCAAGCCAUGAAGUGUUUCCUCACCCUUGUACCCGAAGAAGAGAAGUUCACUCUUCGCAUCACUCCUAUCGAGCCCAUCCAGGAAACAGAGAUUCAACAA